AUGGAGAGAGAUGAAUACCAGCAGCCCAACUCUCAUGGGAAAAACACUUUUCUAUCGCGAAUAUUUGGUUUACAAUCAGACGAAGUCAAUCCUUCUCUCGGCAGUCAAGAGAUGAGCAAUUUCCCUAUACCUGACUUAGAGAGAGGUUCUUCUCUUUUGCAAUCAUCUGGUAGUAGUCAAGAGGAUCGAGAUGAAAACGAUUUGCGUGUUCCUGAAUCAGAUCAAGGCUCCAGCACAGAAGAAGAAGACAUAGAAGAAGAAGAAGAAGAAGAGGUCCAAGCGUAUUUACCACAAAUUAAUGACGGGUUGAAUAAUAAUCGCCACUCCAGUGUUUUGAAGGGUGGGAGAAGUGCAUUUGUAACGAAGAAGAAUGGCUUAGAGAGGUUGGCAGAGGACUCCGCCGAAGAUUCUGUGCCCAAAGUUGGACAGCUUUCGUCAGAAGAAGAAGACAAUGAAUUCAUAAAUAAUGAUGGGUUUGAGGAUGAUACCCCCCUCUUCCAGAAGGGCAAUGCGCGAGAUACUGUGCCUAAAAAGAGCAAUACUGUGGAGGAAGAUCAACGGCCUUUGUUUUUCAGACACAUCUUACAGAAUAACUAUCCUCAGCGCAAUACCGAACAGCUAUUUACCUCGUCGAAAACUUCCCAUCACGAUAAAGGCAAGAACACAGAUGGCACUGCUAAUAAUACCAAUAAAAGCAGAAAGCAUAGCACCAAAUAUUUUGGUAGUGCCUCACAAUCUCGGUUUACUGGUUCACCAUCAAACCAAACGAAUAGAUUCAUUAAAUUGUUUCCUCUAAGAAAGCCAAAUUUGCUAAACAACAUAUCUGUCUUAAAUAACACUCCCGAAGAUAGAAUUAAUACUUUAAGUGUCAAAGAGCGGGCUCUUUGGAAGUGGGCAAAUGUAGAAAACCUUGAUAUGUUUCUACAAGAUGUUUACAACUACUAUCUAGGAAAUGGUUACUAUUGCAUCAUACUGGAGAAAAUUCUUAACAUAGGCACUUUACUCUUUGUCGUUUUCAUUUCCACAUACAUGGGACAUUGCAUUGAUUAUUCUGAAUUGCCUACGAGUCAUCAAAUAUCAGAUAUUAUUAUCGAUAAGUGCUAUUCCACCAACAUAACAGGGUUCACAAAGUUUUUUCUUUGGAUAUUCUAUUUCUUCGUGAUUCUCAAAAUUGUUCAACUAUAUUUUGAUGUUAAAAAAUUAUCAGAAUUGCAAAACUUCUACAAGUACCUUUUAAAUAUAUCCGACGAUGAACUUCAAACUCUGCCCUGGCAAAAUGUAAUACAACAACUCAUGUACUUAAAGGAUCAGAACGCUAUGACCGCAAACGUUGUUGAAGUUAAGGCCAAGAAUAGAAUUGACGCGCAUGAUGUGGCUAAUAGGAUCAUGCGUAGAGAAAAUUAUUUGAUCGCUCUUUACAACAGUGAUAUUUUGGACCUUUCUUUGCCGAUACCACUAUUUAGGACCAACGUAUUGACAAAAACAUUAGAAUGGAAUAUUAACUUAUGUGUCAUGGGGUUUAUGUUCAACGAGUCCGGCUUUAUCAAGCAGAGUGUUUUGAAACCCUCUCAAAGAGAAUUCACACGAGAAGAAUUACAAAAGAGGUUUAUGCUAGCAGGCUUUCUUAAUAUCAUACUGGCACCAUUCCUGGUUACAUAUUUUGUUUUGCUUUAUUUUUUCAGGUAUUUUAAUGAAUACAAGACAUCACCUGGCUCCAUUGGCGCUCGUCAAUACACGCCUAUAGCAGAGUGGAGAUUUCGUGAAUACAAUGAGCUCUAUCACAUAUUUAAAAAGAGAAUGAGUCUAAGUACGACUCUGGCCAAUAAAUAUGUUGAUCAGUUUCCAAAAGAAAAGACCAAUCUAUUCUUAAAAUUUGUUUCUUUUAUCAGUGGAUCAUUCGUGGCCAUUCUAGCAUUUCUUACAGUAUUUGAUCCUGAAAAUUUUCUAAACUUCGAAAUAUCCCCAGACAGAUCAGUCAUUUUCUAUAUUACUAUUUUAGGUGCUAUAUGGUCACUUAGCAGAAAUACAAUAGCCCAAGAAUACCAUGUUUUUGACCCAGAAGAGACGCUUAAGGAACUGUAUACAUAUACACACUAUUUACCGAAAGAAUGGGAAGGGAGGUACCACAAGGAAGAGAUCAAAUUAGAAUUCUGUAAAUUAUACAACUUAAGGGUUGUAAUUCUUUUGCGGGAACUCACUAGUCUAAUGAUAACACCAUUUAUACUUUGGUUUUCAUUACCUUCUUYAGCAGGCAAAAUUGUUGAUUUUUUCAGAGAAAACUCUGAAUAUGUUGAUGGACUAGGUUACGUUUGCAAGUAUGCCAUGUUUAAUGUGAAAGACCUCGCCAGCAAAGAUACAGGUGACAUUAAAGAAGAUGAUGCGACGAAGAAAGCAUAUGUCAAUGGAGGUCGUACGUCAAAUGACAAGCGGAAGAGGAAAUUUGCCACGGAAGAUCACGGCGAUAAAGAUACAGCAAAUAAUAAAAUGCUACAGUCAUAUGUGUAUUUCAUGGAUGAUUAUUCUAACAGUCAAAACCUGACAGGCAAAUAUCAAUUGCCUGCAAAGAAAAUUUACCAACACAAUGAGGGUGAUUCUGCCCUUAACAAUAAGUACUCCUGGAGGAAGCAAUUUCAACCAGGCCAGAAGCCAGAGCUGUUCAGAAUAGGUAGGCAUGCACUGGGCCCCAACCAGAAUAUAUCUCUCAAGAGAUACUCUACAAAGAAUCCUGCGAAGAAUUGGGGUAACAAUAAUAAUGGUAGUAGUAACAACGACGAUGAUGGUACUAACAUUACUAGUAACACUGAUAACAACAAUACUAACAACGAACAUGAAUUUGAACUUACAGAAUCUUUUCUAGAUUCGGACACAUUCCCUCGAUAUGAUGGAGUUAACCAGAACAGUAUGCUGAAUUCGCAUAAUAAUAAUAGUGACAAACUCAACAAAGGAGGAGUCCUGGGACUCGUCAAAGAGUAUUAUAAAAAGUCGGAUGUUGGAAGAUAA